UGCGUGGAGAGAGGCGCUGGGUGCGGCACGGGGGGCUUCGGGGCUGAGUCCCGAGAGGGGAUGGGAGGACUCUUUCAAGGCAGCUGCGGGGGGUGUCCGGGGACAGAGAGCCGGCAGCGCUGGGGAGAGAUCUGGGUCUGACACAGGGCACACCGGGGCACAAAGGUGUGCGGGGCCGGGAUGCUGGGGCGGGAGGAGAGGGGUGCAGCGAGGACGUGAUCGUUGUUGGGAUAGGCUGUGAGGAAAGGCUGGGGGCUUUGUUGCAGGGGGGAACUGAGAUAUCGGUAUCCGCGUGCAGGGAUGUGGAGAGCUGUACGGCAGCACGAGGUAUGCUGGAGUUGGUACGGGAGGAGGGAAUGUAGCCAGGGGAGGGUGCGAGGAGCUGGGGCUGGAGUGGCUGGAAGGUGGAGGCCAAGUUGUGGGGAAGCACUGGGAGUCAGGGAAUGGGUUAUGAAGGGCUUUCAGCAGGAGGGACCUGUGUCUGCCAGGGUGUCUGGAGCUGGGGAGCAGCACGUGCAGUUCAGGGGUAAAAGAGCACAGAGAAGCUGAGCGUGCAGUGUGGGGUUCUUUGUGAAGUAGUUGCACGAGGGGAGUCUAAGAUACCAGAAAUGUGGUCCUGUAUGUAAGGAUCGUGGGCAGAAGUAUCUGAAGGCAGAUGAAGCGGUGUGUUUGUAAGUUUCUACUACACACCGCACACGUGUGCAAGAUAGGGAGCUUGUGCCCUGACCUACUGCAGAGGACUAAGCAGGGGCUGUCAGCAGAGCAAGGGAGGCUUCUGGAGUGAUGCUGCAAGUUCAUGAGAUUGUUCAGGGUUGGAUGAUGGGAAGAAUCAAAGAAUGGCUUGGGUUGGAAGGGACCUUAAAGCCCAUUCAGUUCCAACCCCCUGUCAUUGACAGAGUUGCUUCCCACCAGCUCGGGCUGCCCAGGGCCCCAUCCAACCUGGCACUGAGUGCCUCCAGGGAUGGGGCAUCCACAGCUUCUCAGGGCAGCCUGUUCAAGAAUGCUGUAGAGUCCAGAUGGUAAGGGAAGUGAUGGGACAGGUAGGUACGUGCAAGCAGUGAAGCUUCACUUCUGGGAUGAAAGAGUGUCCUGUUCUUCUGUGUGGUCCAACUUUCUACCUGAGGCUGUCAUGUACUGCAUGAUGACUGAACAUUCGGGAUGUGGGAGAUGGAUGGUGUUCUGAGAGAGCAGACAAAGCGUGACCCAGGACACAGGUGGGGAGAAUCAGAUGUGACAGUCAACUAUGGAUUACUGUUUGGGCACAAAACAUGAAGGUGGUAUAGUUACGUGGUUAGUGGUGGCUUAACACUAAACAGAAUGAGCAAUUGGUUAGGAAAUUGGCAUGAAGCAAAGAGAAGUAUCAACUAAUAAGUGAAAGUAGGGAGUUGAUUGUGGAACAAUUCUAAGCCUGCCAGCAUGAAAGGGAAGAUGCUUUUAUUCUCUAGAUGCCUGACCUUGCUUGGAGUCAGAACAAGACCGUUUCCUUCUGCGAGAGGAGCAGCAGGUCUCGUAGCACUCACCUUGGAAAGCAGCUGCUUCUCCUUGGUUGGGGCAGUUUUAACCUCACUGACUUGGGGCUGAGGAGAGGAGGCUGUAUCAAGUCAGGUUUGUCUCACCAAGCCUUGUGGAUGACAGGCUACUCUGCUGCCAAAAUAGAGUUGGGGGAAGCGGAGAAAACAGCUCUUCCAGUUUUGAGGGGUUCCAGCAAUGUUUUUAUUUUCCUUUGUAAGUAUUUUGUCCUGGAUUUCUCCAUGAAAGCCCACACGUACACUCUAGGAGUUGUGAAGCAUCCUUACAUGCAUCAACCUUUAAAACCAGGAAAAGAAGUGAAGCUUAUUUUCUUCUAUUUUGUUGGAAGUUAACAUUCAGUCAGUGAUUGCUCAACACGUUACAAAAGCAAGUAUUGGGAAGCUAAGCAAUGCGCUAUGUGAAUUCAAAUAAAAAGAAAAAACAAACACCCCACAGGGUAUGGAAUGAAAGAAGUGACAUACCUAAAGAGCUUUAGUCCUGUCUUCUUUCUUUUCGCCUCUCUCCAGCUUUAUAUUAGGGCUGUAAGGCCUGUUUGCAGUGACUUGGUGCUACAGGUGUGGGGCUGGUGGAGCCGUGUAAGGGCUGGCAGGCUGCUGCUGUGCCUUCAUCCAGCACAAGUGUCCGAAUACCACAGCAGCUUGAUCAGCUUUCUGUUGGAAAUCAUAGGAGCUGCUCCAGUGAGAUAUUACAGUCGGUGUGAUAUCACACCAUUGGUGUAAUGGCUCUGUUUUGGUUCUUUUGUUUUUGUUUUCACUUAGCACCGAUCUCCAAAAAAGAUUAUUUGCAAUGAAUGUGACCUUUUUUCUAACUCAGAGCAUAAGAAUAGCUCAAGGGCUCAUAUUUUUCUCCCCUUGCUGGCUGCUCCUCAAACAACAAAAGAAAGACAGCAUUUGUAUUUUAAGAUGGAGUUAGCAAGGGUGGCAGUUUUGGGAUCUGGGAAUUUUCCCAUUGAGGUGGGGCUUUUGAUGGUGGUUUUUCCAGUCUUUUUUUUCUUGUGGCAAAGGGGUCUUGGGAUCUUGGAUCUCACUGCACUGUUGUGAACUCUUAACACCUUAAUUGAAGGGGUGGAGAUGCUGAAGCAUUAACAAAGACCUCCUUUAUCCAAAAUGUUAAUCAAUCAUUGACGUUAAAUAAGUGUGAACAAAACCAACUAAAAAAAAACCCUAAACAAGUUUUUGUCUAAGUUCCCCCCCCCACCCCUUCCUAUUCAGUUGCUCAGUCUUUGGUCAGGUUAGUGUUAGCAAUUCUUUUGGGGGUGUGCUUUAUCUAUGCGUACAUGCGCAUGUUUUGACAGCGUGUGGUAAAAGUUAGGUUUCUGACUUCCCGGUAUGUAUCUUUUUCUUUCCAAGGCAAAUCAUUUGCUUCAUAGAUGCCAUAGAAUUGUUUUGAGAGAAGAUGUGCUCUGCUGUGAUGCGAGGGAAAUAGCAGGGAUAUGACAGUGCAGUUGUAACCAUUUUCUUGCGGGGGAAGGGUACGUGCAUGGUGUCUUUUGGAGCUUUUGUGAGGUUUGGGGAAGAUGCUUUUCUUUUGGCUCUUGUGAUCGGUUCACUUGUUUGUCGGUCAACACGGUCUUCUAGGCAGGACCUGAAUUUUAAUGUGGAAGAAAAUAAAUAGGUUUCUGUUCAUACAACCAGAAACUUUGUAGACCUGUUCUGUAUAUUAUGAAUACAAAGAGUGUGGACUCUUCCCCACGCUUCCCUCCCUCCCCAUCUUGCAUUGAACCUUCCCAGUUCACAUACUUGGAGUAUUUUCAGUUAGUCCACAGCCAAAGGAACUGCAUUUGUCACUGAAUAUCCAAAUAUAGAAACCGAGGCACCUAUAAGCCACAAGGCUAAAAUAUUCAUGUGCAAUGGUUUUUGGUGGAUGAUUUGUAUGUACGAGGUGGAUAAGAAUGGAGUAACCUUUGGUCCAUUUCUAGCUGUUCAAAGACUUGCUGCUCUGUUAUAUGUUGAAUUUCCAUUAUUUCUACUGGAUUUUUUUCUAGAUUUCUGUUUCUUGAGUUCCUAACACACUUGGCAGUUCUGUUGCCUUGCAAACUGUGUGUGUGGCUUUAGAGUUGGUCUUUCAUAAAUUCAGUGGAAAAAAAAAAAACCCAAACAACAAAUUCCUUAUCUUUAUCUUAGGGAGAAACCGAGGCUCAAAUGAGUAUUCAAACUCAUUCACAUCCUAAAUGUCAACUAUGUUACCCAGCAGGAUUUGAUCUCUCCCACUUUCUAGAAGUUUACCAGGAUUUCUUCAGAGCAAGGCAGGCAGCCUUCAUAAAAUCCUGCUAUCUAGUUUGCAUGGCCUUGGACUUCACAGAAAUCUCGGUGCCUCGGUAAGGUCUGUGGUCUGUUUACAUAGAUAUCAAGUCCUUUAACCCAGCAAGAUUUGCUGUGGGCUAGGAUUUCCUGCUUACAAGCUCAGCUGGAGUCCCUCUAGUCUUCCUGCUGGCAAAAUGAAGGUGUUAACUCAGGUUUGGAGUGCAUUUUGUGAAUGGAAGGAGAUUUUUUUUGCUGUUUUUUUUUCCCCUUUGGUCUGAGUACUGCUGUGCCUGUCGUUUAGAAUGCCUUUCCCCGUACCUUUGCUUGUCUUGUUAUGUUUUUCUUCUUCUGUUUUAAUUCUUUUGGAACUGGAUACUCAUUUUGGCAGGACUGUGCAAGCACAGAAUUUGGGAUUGCAGAUCUUGACAAAUUUGAGCAAAAAAAAAAACCUCCAAACACAUCUGUUGGGAGAAUUUGGAAGUUUCCUUUGAGACCAGGACAUCUUACAAACACUGGCUAACUCUGUAGCAACAGCAAGACAUAAGAUGAUAUUUAAAGGUGUGCUGAAUCCAAAUUAACUGUCUCAAUAUUGUCUUUAAGACGAGCAUCGUUCAUAUUUUUUUUCCAGAAAUGGGGUUGCAUUUUCUGUCUGCAUUCUUGCCUUUAGGCCUGUCUACCUGCUGUUCACAUGCCUGCGAGCGGUUCUUUCUCUGGCAGAGCUGGCUUUUGAGGAGCCUGGCUGCUGGACCCUGCACCAGUCCUUCCUUUGUGCCAGUGCUGCCUGAGCAGCUGGAUGCUGAAAUGGAGCAAGGGACCAAUCAAGGGCUAUAAGUAGCCUGGCCAAAAAAAAAAAAAACAAAGGUUAUAUUUAGCCUGGAUCAGUUUGCCAAAGUAGUUUGGUGUUUGGCCAGGCAUGCGGUGGUACUGGCACAUCAGACAGCGUGGUGCAGGGGUGGAAGUCAAUCUUGAUAGCUGCAGACUUAUCAGCUGGCAUUGCUGCCAAAAGGAACGCUCACCUAACUGUACCCCUAAGAGUCUGCUAAACUUGCUAAAUGUUGUUUACACCUAUUUGUUACAGCUUCUCUUGCCUGAGAAUGAUUCCUUCAGCUUAUCCUUGCUGCCAAAAGUGUUUCUCAUCCCCUAACGUGUGUGCUGCGUAUGAAAAGAGAAGCCACGGUUAAGUGUUAGUGGGGGCAAAAAGAGGAGCGUGGCUGUUGAGCUAUGGAGAAUUUUCUGCUGCUUCAUGGCCGUCUGAUGAUACAGAACAUGUAGUGUAAAUUGCUGAUAGAAUAUUUAGCGUGGUUGCAAUUAAGCAGCGAAACUCACGCUGUGAGAAUCAUCAGGAGCAAGAAUUCAACAAGAGUUAAAAGGAUCAGAUGUCUGUAGGAAUAUGAAGAAUAUUCAAUUAUCAUAAUCAGUGACAGUACAAAUUUUGGAAGAAGUAUUAAGCCUGUGGUCUAAACCUUGAUUUUAUUCUGCUCUAACAGAUGUGCUUCUAUAUUGGGAAAAGAGGGGGAGGGCAGGGGUUGUUUUGCCUGCUUUUACCAUGGAGGUCUUGCACGCUUCUCUGGAAACUUUGAUUGGUACCAGAAUUGGAGAUGUGCCUGUAAAUUGCAUGGGUUCUGGUUUUAUCUUGGUGACCCUCCUGAAAUCUGGUCUGAGAUUCUAAACCGUGACCAUGGUGGAAAGUGACCUGCUGCUCCCCGAGUUAUGUUUGCUUCACUCCUGUUUCUGUGAGUUGUUCCCCAGAGCUCUGUUUUUCUUCUUCUUUGAUGACACUCGCUAAAUUUAUUUUAAAGGAUGUUAGGAAAUUGCAGUCUACUGUAUUUUAAGAAUGAGUCUUAUCUGUUUCAGGUAGCUGAACAUGCUCCAAGAUCCCUUGUUUUUCAGAGAGACUUAAAAGCAGAGAUGUGCUGUUCCUUGCUUGGCCUCGAAGAAGGAGCUUGUGGAAUAGGGAACGGAGAUGAGAAGUGUCACUGUAAGGUGGCUGGUUUGUUUGUGUGCUUGUUUCUGAAGCCUGGUUGGAAUCAAUGAAAUGCUUUUGAAGGAGAGAGAAUGGCAAGUAUGCUUUACAUGUGACACAAUUUAUCUCAACAAAGCAAGGCUGAGAGGUGCUGGAGCAAUGUCCUCUGAGAGUUCACUGAGAAUCAUUGAGAAUCGGGUGCCUCAGUCUCGAAAACAAUAGUGAUUUUAAGUGCUCCUUAGAGAUUUUUGGCAACCUGUGGCCAAAAGAGAGUGUGAUAUAUGUGAUAAUUUAACUGCAUACGGAAUGGAAGGACUGUUUGCUUCCUUCUGUAUUCAGGUCGGAGCAGUUGUGAUUCAGGAACAUGAGCAGUUCCUCUGAGCUGGCUGUCCAGUUUGUCUGACUGUUGGGCCUUUUAAGAAAGGAGUGCCACUAUAUUCCUGCUGCUUACCUUGGUAGAGGGAUGCCUAUGUGCAUCAGCAGAGUUGGAGAGCUCAGCAACAUUUGUCCAUCUUGUCACUGCGUGGUCCCCAAGUGCCCUUUGUACUUCUGGAACAGAGGUUGCAGGUACCUGUUUUACCUAUGAUACCUUUCAAAGCCAGGUGAGGUUGGAUCUUGUGGUGAACUUGGGAAGAAAACCAGCCUCUUAAUAUGCCUGUGAUUUAUCGACUAGACUGUGUUACUUCCACUCCACAAAAUGCUUUAGAUAUGCAUUUCUACUUGAGCACGGUGCACGAAAGUUUUUGCCACCUAUGUGGUGUGUAUGGAUUGGUGCAGAAUAUGAUGGAAUAUUCUCUUUUGGUAGCUCACUGCUAAAAACCAUGGGUAAGGUCAAGCAGUGGACCCUUCUUUAGCUUACUCUUUAGCUCUACUCUCUGCAUUUUGCUAAAGUGACUUCUUCAGGCAUCUCGAUACGGCUGUUUCUUUGCCUACAGAAUUGCAGUGGUUUAUCUACAUACUGAUCUGGUUUUGUUUGGGGAUUGAUUAGAGGUGUAUUUGCAGUGUAAUAUAAGCUGUAGCCUGUCAAAGAAGGGCGGCUGCAGCUUCUGCAAUUGGAGCUGUUGCGGUAGAGUUGAGGCCAUCCUCGAUGUGGAGGAGCUCUUCUCAGAAUCCGUGCGAACAGAAUUGAAAUUUUCUGCAGCAUUUUAUGUGUAUGAAUGAGAAGGGAGUGAAGAAUUUCAGGCUGAAAUGGCUUGACAGCUUGUUAGCAAGAAAAUGCUCUCUUCUGCCUCAAAAAAAAAAAAAAAAAAAAAGCCCUUAACCUUCUUGUGGUUGGGGAUUGAAAGUUGAAACUGUCAGGCAAAUAGCCACCAUCCAGGAGAAACGCUUCUGAAUGUUCUUGUGAAAGGUAGCUUUGAUUUGACAGUUGCAAGGCUUUGAGAAUAGCACUCUGUUUAUACAGUGCUGUAAAUACUUUGAAGUUUUUUAGGCUUUGCUGUACAUGCGUGGCUAUUUAGGAUAGUAUUAAAUGUAUACAUGUUGGUUGAAUGAGGGAGGAUUCUGCGGCGGUUGGGGUUGCAUGCACUUUGUGCUUUUAUAAAUCACGUCAAGGCAGCAGGUUAGAUAAUAGGCCUGAUUAUAGAGUUUCUUAAUUUCUUGUCAAAAUAAGAUUUUUGCAUGCGGUGUUUUGAGAUCUUCUAGGUGACCUCCCAUUAUUUAACAAAUGUCAGUUUUUCAUCCCGGCAGCUUUGAUACGAUCAUGUAGCCUCCUGGAGCAUGGUGUGCACGCUGUCUUUGCUUGUAGACUUUCUUUGAAGUGCCUUCCUCCUCAGAAGAAUCAUUGCUGUGCUGACGAGCUGACGUUUAACAGCUAGGAAAGCAGCACGCGGAAGCAUCAUGCUGGGUCACUAGAGAUAGUGAUGUGUGUAAUGUGCCCAAGGUGGGUCUAAAAGCGGAGGAAGGAAAGGUUCAGCACAGCCUUAGUAACCUGCACGCGAGGGCUGUGGCUGUGGUCGUGUGUGCUUCACCCUGCCAACAUGCCAGAGUGGGAGAGCCGGGUGUUAGAAGGCUGCGGGAGGGCUUGUGCAGGUGAGAGAGCAGCUGGUGGUGGUGGUUGUGAAAGAAAACUGAUGCUGGAGGGCAGUGAUGCUUAGGGGAGCCUUGAGACACUGCUCAUCUGGGAUGAGUGGGAGGCCGGGUCACUGGUCAGCUGAGGUUAGAUGAAGGAAGGUAUGUGGGUUUCCCCCAGCACUCCUGCCAGACCUGGGGUAUGGUGUUCCCACCCAGCACACCCAGUAGCGACGGUCCUCUUUGGAGGAGGUCUGUCCUGUGCUGACCCAGCCCAGCCUCAUUUAGCUUAUGAAAACUGACAAGAUUGCAGCCUGAGGUGUUACGCCUGAGGACUGUUUCAUACCUUUCAUUCUAGAAGCUUGGCGAGGGGAUGCCAAAAUGAAACGAAAAAGCACUUGCUUUUUUUUUUUUCUCUCCUCCAUUCUGAGCUGAUAGGUAACUUAUUUCUUCCAAGGCUUCUGCUUAAACAGUGUGGUGUUACUGCAUAUUGAAGAACAAAAUCAAUUCUCUUCAGUCUUGUAUUCCUAUCCGUUGUUUUCUUUCUUUCUUUUUUUUUUUAUUACCUGUAGUUGUUGUUCAUGCUGAUGUCACUAUUUAAGUUUUAGAAAAAAUAAACCCAGAGGAGUAGGGGAGAUUGCCUCAGGCUGCAAUCCUGAUAGCUUUUUGCCCCAGACAGAUGUGAUUUAGACAGGAGGCAAAGCUACAAAGCCUGUGGACAUCUCUGGCAUUAUUGCACUGGACUCCAAAACGUAGUGUUGACUGAUGCUAGGUCUGUUAACUGCUAACAUGAUGUAGAAAGCUGCAGAAGCCUGUCAUAUAUUGGGGAAAUAUUGUUAAAGCAUUUCUUGAGAAAUCUCUGAUUGCUAAAAGCUUUUGAUCUUUGUCAGUGUUAACAAUAGUAGCAACUCCAGAGCAGACAGGCUGCUGCUCAGGUAAGUGACACUCCACGUAAAGUGCUUAAAACUCCAGCUGUAAUGUACGAGUACAGAAACAGCUUUGUUGAUGUAAGGAGAGCUGGUAUCACUCUGGCAGCUAUGCUGAGGAUGCUGAGGCUGGUGCUAGCGGGAUGCUGCAGCAUAUCAUGGCCACGGUGCACCAAGCACCCUGGUGGCAUCCCUGCCAUCCCGUAGCUGCAAAGUUGGUGAAGCCAUGGUGUUAACAACAGGAAUUGUUUGCACCAUAAUUGUCCAGAAGCAGGUAGUUGUAGCUUUGGUGUGUUGUGGAACUGCAUCAGAAAUUGCAGGGAACUCCAGAUGUCUGUGGACAGCUUGAAUCUGCUCACCAGUGUCCAUUAAUAUCUGCCUGUUACUUUGUGGAGGGAGUUGUGGAAAGAGCUGCAUGCAAUCAGAAACUAUCUACGAAAGGUGAUCAUCCUCCUUGUCUUAAUAGCACAAUGAAGUGUUUUUACAGCACCAAAAGUUUAAUGGACAUAUUAUGGACACCUUUUAUGGUUUACUGGACCACUUGCCUACUGCAAAAGAUUGUUUUAGAACGGUUUCUGUAAAUACUCAGAGUGAAUAACUACUGAAACAGCCUUUACAUCAGAGCUGCUGUUAUCCUUGUGCUUGUCAGAAGGAAGAGAACAGACAGUGGGCUGUUGCAUUAGGAAUAUCAUAAAACUCUAUUCUCUGAAGCUUCGGUUGUGAUUGUGCUUUGUCAGUGGUGGUUUUGACUGUGCUUUUUGAAGAUCGGAGAACGGAAGGUAGAACUUUCUGUGGCUGUCUCUACUUAUUUGGAGUGGACUUCUGGGGGAGACUGGUUCUUUGGGAAACAUCCAUUUGGUGGUAGAAAUAAGGGGGGGGGGGGGGAAGUGUGGAAGAAAGUAUCUGUGCUAUGUUAACCAAGGUGUGUGAAUGUGUAGGCAGAGCUAGAUCCAGUGGAAUGGCACUUGUGACCACACAUCACAUUUGCAUGGUGUGUUUUUAUUUUCUUCCUUAUAGUUUCAGGAAGGUUUAUAGCGUGGUUGUGAAAUCUUACAUUAAUCUGAGCUACUCAAAGGGACUUCUUUUCUUGUAGUGGCAUAGUCUCCUUCUUUCUUUCUUCUUUUUUUUUUUCCCCAUGUAAAUGUGCUUGUAGAUCAUCAAGUCUUGAUUCUGUGUGUGCCGCCUAUCUUUGCGCAGACCUUUUCUCUGUGCUUCAAGGCAUGGAGUUAGUUGUGAGCAGUAAGCUGCCCGUGAUUUAGAGGUUAAUGGAGUGGUGGAUUCACAGUAUGUGUGUACAACACAAGUUAUUUCAUCAGCCUCUUUUGGAAGUUGUAGUGAGCCUUGUCCUGUAUGAAUUAUGAAUUAAAAUGAAUUUAGGUGACAGGGUUUGGAUUCUUUUUUUGAUUGACACUUGCUUUUGGUGAAAGACUUAUCAGCAAAGAGGUAGUGCUGUGAAGGCUUCUCUGGCUUGUGCAUAAGAAAUUCUUGGGAGGACCUUAGGUGUGUCAUCAUUUUUAUUGCCCAGACAUAAACACGACAAAGUCCAUACUGUUUUAGGGUAGGUUAGGAUGCAUCUAGAAACUGGUGUCGGCUGUGAGUUGCUGUUCAGUCAGCUCAAUAUUAACAGGUUGGCUUUUGAUCUUCGUAUAAUCGCUGACUAUCCUGAGUUGGAAAGGACCCACAAGGAACGCUGAAUCCAACUCCCAGCUCUGCACAGGACCACUGACCACCAUCCAAACCCUGUGUCUGAGAGCUGUGCCAAAGCACUCCCUGAACUCCAGUAUCUGUGGCCAUGCCCACUGCCCUGGGCAGCCUGUGCCAUGCCCAGCACCCUCUAGUGCAGAACCUGUCCUUAACUCCCACCUCUCCUGACACAGCUCCGUGCUGUGCCAUCUUUAUAAAAUAAUUUGUGAGUCAAUUGAAUUUGUAGCUUACCCCAGGUAGUGAUAGAACUUGCUAGCUUUCCCAGACCAGCAGCUGGUUUGGGGUGGAAUAUGACCCAUGGGCCAUCUGAGGUGCCUCUGGUGCAAAUAGCCUCUACAGUUCUGGCAGAAGGAGCAUAUGAGUGUGUCUUCUGAAAGACUAUUGAGUUACUAUGCUGGUUGUUCAGAGAACAAGGCUUGCAAACAGUGCUAUGGAGAGGGCAUGACAAUAGCUUGCCAUCUACUGAUUAUUUACUUGGACAAGCAGAAUCAUAGUAUGUCCAGGUGAUGUGUGUUGAUCAUGUGUCUCUAGCCCUGGUGUUUUGGUCGUUACCUGGUGUAUUUUCUGCUCUCACUUAAGAAGUGCAGAAGAAAUAGGCAGGGGAACAAUGUACGAACACUUGAACAACCAGCUGAAGCCUAUCCAUGCCUGCCUGCUUUAUGCCAACACCAGUGAGCGUGUGGCCACCUGGUUGGCUGAAGCAGGAAGGCUGUCUGCUGAAAAUUAAUCCAGUCUUUUCUAGAGUUAGUUUUCACCUGGAUCACAAGUGCAAAUGGUGGCUGGAAGGGAUAGACUUGGAUAUUCUUAGACUGAUAGAAGUUAUUUCCUUGGCAGCAGCAUGUGCUUGGCCUACUGAAGGUAGGGCAGUGUUUUGACAAGCCUAUCUUUUGACAAGAAUGCAUCUGGGUCCAGUACUGGUUGUAUUACAGAUGUGUGCUUUGUCCUGGGAAAGGGUGAGAACAGCUUUUGCUGAGAGAUAGGAGCAAUUUCAAGUGUAGUUAGAAGUCCCUGAUAAGGGCUGUAUCUAGAAGUAUGGACUGAUCUGAGGUAUUGAGAGUGUUGUGUGUCCCCACCUCAGUUGUCGUGGGGAGAUGUGUGCAGUGUUGGAAUACUCAUAUCGACUUGCCUGUUUGCUUACACAUGAUCUUAAAGGAGCGUGACAGCUGAAUAAAAGCACUGAAUAACACUUCCUGCGUCCUCCUUGUUUCCUAGUUGCACUCUUAUCAGUGAGGUGUAUAAUCAGAUACUCUGUUAAACAGCAGCUUAUUAAAAAAAAGUAACGUGCAGUUCAGUUGCAAGCGUGCAGGAAAGGCAGAUGUUAACCAGCUGUUAAGGUGUAUAUGUGUGUGAAAACCAGCAGUGAAGUCUGGGCUCACCCUUUGUCAGCAUAGGUGUUGUCCCACUUAAGUGGUUAAAUGAGGAUGGGGGAAAUAGGAUGUGCCCUUCCCAGCCAAAUUGUGCGAAAGGAGCUGGUGCGUUCAUUCAUUGCUUUAGCCCAUCUCUCCAGUCACAUGGGAACCCAGUGGUGGAUGCACACAUUUCUUCCUGGUGGCAGCAGCUCAGACUGCUGCUGAUGCCACUGCUCUCGGUCCCUCCCGAGGCUACAGCUCUUUGCAGAGCAGUCUCUUAACUCCAGCUGCUCUCUCAUCUCUUUCCUGCUUCACUACCCCAGUUACAAUUCAGGGUGCUGGCUCAGCUUGCAUUCAAAGUCAUCGCUUGUUUUCAAUAGCAGCAGGCUUCUAGCCUUUUUCUUUUUCCAUGCUGGUUUUGGGCUCUUGCCACCCUUGGUCCAGCACAGAUUGACAGCCUCAGAAAGGCAGUGUGGGGAAAAAAAGAGCUGCACUCUUUCUUGUACGCUAAAAGGUUUCUUGCCUUUAAUGCUUCGUGUCACAGUAAGGCCAUAAGUUUGAUACUUUCAUCUACUUGGUAUGCCUUUAUUUCAUCUCCACAUUCUCCUCCUCAAAGAGGGAGAAAAGACUGAAGUGAAUCGGCGAUAGCUACAGCUGUUCCUGCUGAAGCAGCCACAAUGCUGUACACCUCCAAGUACCUGGCACUUGUUGCUGUCAAGCAAUGCAAGCCCUGCUUCUGCAGUCUGAGGGCACAAAGAGGGAGCAAGCUACUUUGUGUGGUUUGUUUUUUCUUCUUUUAACUUCUGUUUGCAUCUCAGUAAUAUGGUGGUUAGUUCACAGAAGAUGGUUCAUGAGUAAGGUACUGUUAAGUAAGAUGAGUAUCUAUGUCUUGUUAGUUACUCAGUAGUGGCUGCUUGUGUGCAUGCUCUCACCUUAUUGCUGAGAAGCAAGUUGUCUUACACCGGCCGUGGUCUAAGACUGUGCUGGUGAGCAGCAAAGGGAAGUAAACUAGAAGGUGGUGUUACCUUGCAAUAACCUAUUUUAUACCUCAUAAUGCCAAUUUGAACUUGAAUGUUUCAAGCAACAGAGCUCCAGCCGUUUCUUCUGAUAGAUUCUGUCCACCGUGAUGUGUGCUGGUGUUUGUGCUUUCUCUUUUAAGGGAAAGGGUGAAUUUGUUGCUGUGGUGACAGCAGUGUGUCAGUAUAGGCACUGACAUGACACUGCCAGCAUUGUUGUCUUGGGUGGGGAAAGGGAAGAAGCGAUAGGAGGAGGUAAUUGGAGUCAGGGAUCAUUGUGCUGCUGUUGUACGUUUUGCUGGAUGAGGCAGCUUGUUGCAAUAGGUAUUUGUUUCAGUUUCUGUCUGCAGGUGUGACUUAGCUAGAUAAGGAUGGUCUAUCACGUUGAUGAUUUCAUUGUUUGAUUUGGCUGGAUUGAGUGGAGAAUGUAGCUUCAUUGUUUGGGACCAGCAUUGUAGUUUGGUUUUGUUGAAGUGUAUUACAUGGCAAGGUAUUGCCUCAUUAUUAAGGUGAAGCUGCAGUAGAUAACAGUUGGAGAAUGUCGGAGGGAAGAGGACAUGCAGAGUGUUUCACAGUGCACACUGAGCCUCACAGCAGCUCCUGUGCUCCUGUUGGAGGGAUCUGGUCAGCAGAAGAGACUGAGGUAGCACAGAAAAAACACUGGUAGCUCUUUUGGCGUGCAGUCACAUUAAAUGCAAGGCUAUCUGCUGGUGUAAGCACGGGGUGCUCAGAGAGACUGCGUUGGCUCUGACAGUUCGGAUGCUGUCUGGCUUCAUACUGCUCCUGCAGCCUCUCUUGUUUUCAGAGUGGUUGAAGGAGAAGAAGCUGGCAGGUAGCUAGCUGGUCUUUCUUUACUGACCUCAAAUUUACUAUUGAGCUGCUCCUCAAAGUCUGUUUCCCUGUGUCAAUAUGUUUUCAGGCACUUGUGUUUUCUUUGAGAUGUGGCUGAGCAUUACUGUUGGAGGGUUGUCUCCAGUACUGAAAGUGUGGCUCUUAGCCUAUGAACUCCUUUGACCUAUAACUGUAGUGCAAAGGGUCCUUUCUGCACUUCUCACAAGCAAACUUCAGGGCUGUCUUACACAGAAAGGUUUUGGCGUGAGUUCCCUUCUCCCCGGGGCAUAGCACAGUGACAUGGAAUAAGGGCUGGUAGAACAGCAGGUUGUGCAUCUUCCUUCUAAAACCUGCCUGGUUCUCCCCUAGAUGUGGUGGAGCCGUUAGCUGGCUUUACCUGAUACUUCAUGUUUUUAUUUAUGGCUUUUGUGGAUGUGGAGGAGGUUUUGUAUGGAGCAUAGGGGUUUGGCUGGACUCGCAGUGAGGGGAAAGUAAGCUUUUGAAGAGGAAUGGGUGCAGAGAAAGGGGAGGUUGCUCAUAUGAGCCUUGUGCCAGCUUCUCAGAGCACAGAUGAGCUCAUGGGAAUCCAGCAAGCUUAAAUGUGGGAGUGUUGAAGCAGGUCUGAGCUACCUCCCCUCUGCACAUCCUUGUGCCACAGACUUCUUCAGAUGGUUCUAGUCUGACGAUGGCGUUUUUGCUUCUGAUGAAUGUUGCCAGCCUAGGCAAAGGCUCUCCCCAUCAGUGAUUGAGAGCAAGUUUUGAUUCGUCUGCUUCUGGAGCUAGGUGCAGGGAAGGAAGGGGUGGCAGCUGGCUGGGCUGCGUGUUCUUGUUGCUGUGUUGCUGAACUCUGCCUCUCUCCUUGUUUUCAGGUGAUCAUUGCUUGUGAGAGGAGUGGUUUGCACCUCAUGGCCUCCACAAUGAGUACUGCUGUGUCGUGACGCCAGGGGUCUUGUGUGCCCUGGAGAUGCGAGACUUCCCCUGGGCAGCAGGAGGCACGCGUCUAGAGAAUGCUGGAGCUGCAGGAGGGAAGCACCCCGUGCAAAACCAGAGAGGAGCAAAGAGAAAAAAGGCAAGCAGACAGACAGCACUGAGAGAAGCGGGUGGCAGAAAGUGCUACAGAGCUGCCUCUGGCGGCACAGUCCCCAGAGGAACUUGACGAGAGCCCAUCUGCGUGCGUGUGAGACAGCUCAGGAUUUCUGUCAAUGCAUUCCAGUAACCCCAAAGUGAGGAACUCCCCGUCAGGCAACACACAGAGCCCCAAAUCAAAGCAGGAGGUGAUGGUCCGUCCCCCUACAGUGAUGUCCCCAUCUGGCAACCCCCAGCUGGAUUCCAAGUUUUCCAACCAGGGCAAACAAGGGGGCUCGACCAGUCAAUCCCAGCCCUCUCCCUGUGACCCCAAAAGUGGAGGUCAUCCCCCGAAAGUGCUCCCUGGCCCAGGUGGGAGCAUGGGGCUGAAGAAUGGGGCUGGAAAUGGUGCCAAGGGGAAGGGAAAGAGAGAGAGAAGCAUUUCAGCAGACUCCUUUGAACAGAGGGAAGCUGGGACUCCUAAUGACGACCCUGAAAUCAAAGACUGCAAUUCUGCUGAUCAUGUGAAGUCCCAGGAUUCUCAGCACACACCGCACUCCAUGACACCUUCAAAUGCUUCAGCCCCAAGGUCUUCCACACCUUCCCAUGGCCUGACUGCUGCUUUGGAACCAGCAAGUGGGCAGAAGACUCCAUCCAAAGUGGUUUAUGUCUUUUCUACUGAGAUGGCCAACAAGGCUGCAGAAGCCGUGCUGAAGGGACAGGUGGAAACCAUUGUGUCCUUUCAUAUCCAAAACAUCUCAAACAGCAAGGUGGAACGAAACACUGUACCCUUGAACCCCCAGAUCAAUGCACUUCGGACUGAACCCAAACCCCUGCCGCAGCCACAGCCCCCUACUGCCCAGGACCAGAACCCUCCUCAGAACGCCAAAAUGCAGCCGACUGCACCUGUGUCAGCACCAGUAUCCAAAUCCACUGGUCCCCCGUGUCCCAUAGACCAGGACAGUCCCAGUGUGGAAAGCAAAGUGAUGUCUGUGGGCAGCCCUGCCAACUCAACCCCGCUGCAGACAGAAGGAUUUGGGCAGAGUUCAACCCCCAAUAAUCGAGCAGUUAGCCCUGUUUCCCAAGGUAGCAAUAGCUCUGCUGCAGACCCCAAAGGUCCUCCCCAGCAGGUGUCUGGUGGGGACCCAUCCAGUUUGGGUGAGAAUCCAGAUGGACUGUCGCAGGAGCAGCUGGAACAUCGAGAGCGCUCAUUGCAGACCCUGAGAGACAUACAGCGCAUGCUCUUCCCUGAUGAGAAGGAGUUUGCUGGAGGGCAAAGCGGAGGGCCACCUGCAAAUUCUGGGGUGAUGGAUGGGCCCCAAAAGAAACCUGAAGGGCCAAUACAGGCCAUGAUGGCGCAAUCCCAAAGUUUAGGCAAAGGGUCAGGGUCUCGGACAGAUGGAGGGGCUCCGUUUGGCCCUCAAGGACACAGGGACAUGCCCUUUUCCCCAGAUGAAAUGGGGCCACCACCAAUGAACUCCCAGUCGGGACCUAUAGGCCCAGACCACCUGGACCACAUGACUCCUGAGCAGGUGGCCUGGCUCAAGCUGCAGCAGGAGUUCUACGAGGAGAAGAGAAGGAAACAAGAGCAGGUUGUUGUGCAGCAGUGUUCCCUGCAGGACAUGAUGGUCCAUCAGCACGGGCCUCGUGGGGUUGUCCGAGGCCCCCCUCCUCCCUACCAGAUGACCCCCGGGGAAGGCUGGGGACCUGGGGGUCCAGAGCCCUUCCCUGAAGGCAUGAACAUGUCACACUCUCUGCCCCCCAGGGGUAUGGCCCCUCAUCCUAAUAUGCCUGGGAGCCAGAUGCGCCUGCCUGGUUUUGCGGGAAUGAUGAACCCUGACAUGGAGGGCCCCAGUGUCCCAAAUCCUGCCUCUCGGCCAGGGCUUUCAGGAGUCAAUUGGCCAGACGACGUGCCAAAAAUCCCAGAUGGCCGAAACUUCCCUCCUGGCCAGGGUGUCUUCAGUGGCCCUGGCCGAGGGGAGCGGUUCCCCAACCCGCAGGGCCUGCCGGAAGAGAUCUAUCAGCAGCAGCUGGCUGAGAAACAGAUGGGCCUCCCUCCUGGCCUCAACAUGGAAGGCAUCAGGCCUGGCAUGGAGAUCAACAGAAUGAUCGCCUCCCAGAGACACAUGGAGCCUGGGAAUAACCCCAUCUUCCCUCGCAUGCCAGUGGAAGGGCCGAUGAGCCCCUCCAGGGGGGACUUCCCAAAAGGAAUGCCCCCCCAAAUGGGCUCUGGCAGGGAGCUGGAGUUUGGGAUGGGCCCUGGUGGCAUGAAGGGGGACAUGGGCAUGAAUGUCAGCAUGGGCUCCAACCCACCCCUGGUACCUCAAAAGUUGAGGGAGGCGGGAGUCGGACCGGAAGAGAUGAUGAAACUGCGACCGGGUGUCUCGGAGAUGCUCUCCUCUCAGCAGAAGAUGGUGCCGCUGCCGUUUGGGGAGCACCCGCAGCAGGAGUAUGGCAUGGGUCCCAGGCCUUUCCUUCCCAUGUCUCAGGGCCCGGCAGUUGGUCUCCGAAACCUCAGAGAACAGAUAGGGCCUGACCAAAGGACUAACAACCGGCUCAGCCACAUGCCGCCACUACCUCUCAAUCCCACCAGUAACCCUAAUAGCCUCAACACUGCUCCCCCUGCGCAGCGCAGCCUGGGCCGCAAGCCCUUGGAUAUCUCCACAGCCGGUCAGGUGCAUUCUCCAGGAAUCAAUCCUCUCAAGUCUCCCACCAUGCGCCAGGUCCAGUCUCCCAUGAUGGGGUCUCCCUCGGGGAACCUCAAGUCUCCUCAGACGCCCUCCCAGCUGGCAGGAAUGCUCGCAGGCCCCACCGCCGCAGCUGCCGCUGCUUCCAUCAAGUCCCCCCCGGUCUUGGGAUCUGCUGCUGCUUCUCCUGUCCACCUCAAGUCCCCGUCUCUCCCCGCACCUUCUCCAGGAUGGACUUCGUCUCCGAAGCCUCCUUUGCAGAGCCCUGGCAUCCCCCCGAAUCACAAGGCGUCUCUCACCAUGUCUUCUCCAGCCAUGCUGGGGAACGUGGAGUCGGGUGGUCCACCUCCUUCCACCGUCAGCCAGCCUGCUCCUGUGACUCUCCCUGGAAAUCUUCCCUCUAGCAGUCCUUACACAAUGCCUCCAGAGCCGACCCUCUCCCAAAAUCCUCUCUCCAUUAUGAUGUCCAGGAUGUCCAAAUUUGCCAUGCCCAGCUCAACACCGCUCUAUCACGAUGCCAUCAAAACUGUGGCCAGUUCAGAUGAUGACUCCCCUCCUGCACGCUCCCCAAACUUGCCUCCUAUGAACAGUGUACCAGGAAUGGGCAUUAAUUCUCAGAAUCCUCGAAUUUCAGGUCCAAACCCAGUGGGUCCAAUGCCAACCCUUAGCCCCAUGGGAAUGACCCAGCCUCUUUCCCAUAACAACCAGAUGCCCUCUCCAAAUGCUAUGGGACCCAAUAUACCUCCUCAUGGGGUCCCCGUGGGACCCGGCCUGAUGUCACACAACCCGAUGAUGGGGCACGGUUCCCAAGAGUCUCCAAUGGUACCUCAAGGACGCCUGGGCUUCCCACAGGGGUUCCCUCCUGUACAGUCUCCUCCACAGCAGGUGCCGUUCCCACACAACGGGCCCAGCGGUGGACAAGGCAACUUCCCAGCGGGAAUGGGUUUCCAUGGAGAAGGACCUCUGGGGCGUCCCACCAACCUGCCCCAAAGUUCGACAGAUCCAGCACUUUGCAAGACUGGAGGCCCUGGUGGUCCAGACUCCUUCACUGUUCUCGGAAACAAUAUGCCUUCGGUUUUCACUGACCCAGAGCUGCAGGAGGUGAUCCGUCCUGGAGCCACGGGAAUACCUGAGUUUGACCUGUCCCGGAUUAUCCCAUCGGAGAAGCCCAGCCAGACGCUACAGUAUUUCCCUCGCGGAGAGGUGCCAGGCCGCAAGCAACCGCAGGGCCCCGGGCCCGGGUUCUCCCACAUGCAGGGAAUGAUUGGAGAGCAGACCCCGCGGAUGGGACUAACGUUGCCUGGCAUGGGGGGCCCCGGGCCAGUGGGAACUCCGGAUAUCCCCCUUGGGACGGCUCCGUCCAUGCCGGGUCACAACCCGAUGAGGCCGCCGGCCUUUCUGCAGCAAGGCAUGAUGGGGCCGCACCAUCGCAUGAUGUCACCAGCACAAACAGCAAUGCCUGGCCAGCCUGCGCUAAUGAGCAACCCUGUGGCUGCCGUGGGCAUGAUCCCAGGCAAGGACCGAGCCCCCGCCGGGCUGUACAGCCACCCGGGCCCUGUGGGGUCACCUGGGAUGAUGAUGUCAAUGCAGGGCAUGAUGGGACCCCAGCAAAACAUCAUGAUUCCCCCCCAGAUGAGGCCCCGAGGUAUGGCUGCUGAUGUUGGCAUGGGAGGAUUUAGCCAAGGCCCUGGAAACCCAGGGAACAUGAUGUUUUAAGCUGCUACCGUAAGACUGGAUGUUCCGAUCCUUGUCAAGAUGAGAUUCCAAGUCCUGAGGGCUUUUUUGGGAGCUUCAGGAAUACAGUUUGGCCAUGCAAUAGGUGAAAAGAGACCAGAGAACACUUUGGGAAAUCUCGAAUGUAUGGAAUUACCUGAAAAAAAAUUAUUCAUUUUAACAGGUUGUUUUUUUUUUGUUUUUGUUUUUUUUUUUUUUUAAGAUUUAUUUUUUAAAAAUUAUUUUUGUGGACUUGGGUAUCCCGUGAUGGCACCUGCUUUGAGAAUCUGUAGCUGUAUUUUGAGAAUUGCCAUUUGUCACAAGUUGCACCAUUCUCUGUAUGUUUACGUCCUUUGGACUGGCUUCUCCCAGGACUCUCAGUUAUUUUGGUUUUUUGUUUUUUUUUUUGUGUACUGUACUAUAUUGUAAAAGGGAUUUUAGCAGAGACUUUAGUCUUUGGGGUGAGAGGAGAAUGGGAUUCUAGGCUGUUUACUUUAGGUGGAGAAUCCAUCUUCAGAACUUCGGACUAUUUUCCUUCAACUCCAAUGUAUAGAAAAACCAAACUACGACCUCAGAGCAGAGUAUUAAUGAAAAGCACAAAAAGGAACUUAAGUUCAGUGAGGGGAAUCUUUUAAAAGAAAUAAAUAAUAAGUUAAGGACAUAUUUUUCAAAUUAUGGCGUGCUGUCCAGCACCUUCUGUCUCUCCCUCCCACUCUUUAUUAAAUAGGCUUCUCUCUCUCUCCGUCCCCCUUCUAUCUCCUCCUAUGGCAGCUGCAAUACAUUGUGUUAUUUUGGGGGGUAAAUCUAGGUGCGCCUCUCCUCACGUGGGGACUCUUCCCACUUCUAGGAAGGGGCUGGACUUGGACACUGUUACAUUCUACAGUAGUCUCUCUCACUGUUUCCUAUUCUCCUUUUCUUAGAAACCCCAAGUGAUUUUAUUAAUGUGGGAGUGGAACAGACACUAAAAGUUAUCCAGAAUUUUUUUUGUGGUUAUUUUUUGUUUUUUUUUUUUUCCUCCCCAGCGUAAAACGUUCUGUGUAACCUCCAUUAAAUUUGGUACAAAACCACUCGCCAGG